GCCUAAAGAAGCUUCAGUGAGAGUAGACGGAAGGGAUGGGUGGACGGUGAGGUGAGGAGGACAUAUGGGUCGCCGCUCGUGGCGCCACAAAUUUCUCCGAGAUGUGGCUGAAACCCGAGGAAGUGCUCCUCAAAAAUGCGCUGAAGCUGUGGAUGAUGGAAAGGUCCAAUGACUACUUCGUGCUGCAAAGGCGUCGGGGCUACGGGGAGGAGAAAGGUGGGGGGCUCACAGGGCUUCUAGUUGGGACUCUUGAUUCAGUUUUAGACUCUACUGCAAAAGUAGCUCCAUUUCGCAUCUUACUCCAGACACCUGAUUCUCAAGUUUACUUAUCAAUUGCUUGUGGGGCCAACAGAGAAGAAAUAACCAAACACUGGGAUUGGUUGGAACAAAAUAUAAUGAAGACUUUGUCUGUGUUUGAUUCAAAUGAAGAUAUUACUAAUUUUGUACAAGGAAAGAUAAGAGGAUUAAUUGCUGAAGAGGGAAAACAAUCUUUUGCAAAAGAAGAUGAUCCAGAGAAAUUUCGAGAAGCCAUUUUGAAAUUUGAAAAAAGCUUUGGUUUACCAGAGCAAGAGAAGUUGGUUACCUAUUACUCCUGCAGUUAUUGGAAAGGACGUGUUCCUUGUCAGGGCUGGCUUUAUCUCAGCACCAAUUUUCUGAGCUUCUAUUCUUUUUUGUUGGGAUCAGAAAUAAAACUCAUUAUCUCUUGGGAUUCAGUUUCAAAACUUGAAAAGACUUCGAAUGUCUUACUGACUGAGAGCAUUCAUGUGUGUUCUGAAGGGGAACAUCAUUACUUUUCAAUGUUCUUGCAUAUUAACCAGACUUUCCUUCUUAUGGAACAAUUAGCCAGCUAUGCUAUAAAGAGACUUUUUGAUAAGGAAACAUUUGAUAAUGACCCAAUCCUGGAUGAUCCUCUACAAAUUACCAAGAGAGGUCUGGAAAAUCGAGCUCAUAGCGAGCAGUUUAAUGCUGUUUUUAGACUUCCCAAAGAGGAGACUUUGAAAGAAGUACAUGAAUGUUUCUUAUGGGUACCAUUCACUCACCUCAACACUCGUGGGAAAAUGUGCAUCUCAGAAAACUAUGUCUGCUUUACUAGCCAAGAUGGUAAUCUCUGUAGUAUAAUCAUCCCAUUACGAGAGGUUUUAGCUAUAGAUAAGGCAAAUGAUUCCAGCAAAUCCAUUGUCAUUAGCAUCAAAGGAAAAACAGUGUAUCGCUUCAAUGAAGUAAAAGACUUUGAGCAGCUUGUGUCAAAGCUCAAGUUAAAGUGUGGGACAUCUCCAAUUAAAAAUCCUAAUACAGGCACAGAGGUUCCUGUUAGUUCUGAUUCUAUAGCUGCACCUGACAAUACUGGAGUUUCAGCACAUCAGAGUGAGUGCAGUAAAACUGUGAACACGGAAGCCUUAAUGACAGUAUUUCAUCCUCAGAAUUUGGAAACUCUUAACACCAUAAUGCUGAAAGAAAAAAUGAAAGAACAGUCAUGGAACAUCCUGUUUGCAGAAUGUGGACGUGGUGUUAGCAUGUUUCGAACCAAAAGAACUCGAGAUCUGGUUAUAAGAGGAAUUCCAGAAACCUUAAAAGGAGAGUUGUGGAUGCUGUUUUCAGGUGCUGUCAAUGACAUGGCUACUAAUCCUGGCUAUUAUGCUGAAGUCGUUGAGAAGUCCUUUGGGACCUGCAACUUGGCUACUGAGGAAAUUGAACGUGAUUUGCGUCGCUCCAUGCCUGAGCAUCCAGCCUUUCAGAGUGAUACUGGUAUAUCUGCUCUGAGGCGGGUGCUUACUGCUUAUGCAUACAGGAAUCCCAAGAUUGGAUACUGCCAGGCAAUGAACAUUUUGACUUCAGUGUUGCUUUUGUAUGCAAAAGAGGAAGAAGCUUUUUGGCUUCUGGUUGCUGUGUGUGAACGAAUGUUGCCUGAUUAUUUUAAUCGUCGAAUCAUUGGUGCCUUGGUGGAUCAGGCAGUCUUUGAAGAACUUAUCAGGGACCAUUUCCCCCAGCUAACAGAACAUAUGACUGAUAUGACAUUCUUUUCCUCGGUUUCUCUUUCUUGGUUCCUCACACUUUUUAUUAGUGUGCUACCUAUAGGAAGUGCAGUAAAUGUGGUGGACUAUUUCUUUUAUGAUGGAAUAAGGGCCAUUUUACAACUUGGAUUAACUAUAAUUGACUAUAAUUUAGACAAAUUGCUGGCAUGUAAAGAUGAUGCUGAAGCUGUGACAACUUUAAACAGGUUCUUUGACAACGUCACUAAUAAAGAUAGCCCACUGCCUUCAAGUGUUCAUCAGGGCUCAAAUAUGAAUGAUGGAGGAAAAGGCAGGAAUAUCAAAGUGGAUAUUGCACAGUUGAUUAGAGAAUCAAAUGAAAAAUUUGGCACUAUUUGCUAUGAAGAUAUACACAGUAUGCGCUGUCGAAAUAGAUUGUAUGUCAUACAGACACUAGAGGAAACAACAAAGCAUAAUGUGUUGCGCGUUGUAUCACAAGAUGUGAAAUUGAGCCUUCAUGAGUUGGAUGAACUUUAUGCCAUCUUUAAGAAAGAACUGUUUUUUUCUUAUUACUGGUGUCUGAGUUGUCCAGUUUUGAAAUAUCAUGAUCCCAGUCUGCCAUAUUUGGAGCAGUAUCAGAUUGACUGCCAGCAGUUCAGAGUCUUGUAUCACUUGUUGAGUCCAUGGACUUCUCCAAACAGAGACUCACUAGCUUUAUGGACAUUCAGAUUGCUGGAUGAAAACUCUGACUGCCUUAUAAACUUCAAAGAAUUCUCCUCUGCAAUUGACAUAAUGUACAAUGGAAGUUUUAUUGAGAAAAUUAAACUUCUUUUUAAGCUGCAUAUUCCUCCAGCUUAUACAGAAGUAAAACCAAAGGAUACUUCAAAGAGAGAUGAACUUUCUAAAGAAGAAUUGCUCUAUUUCAGUCAACUACAUGUUACCAAGUCUGCCGAUGAGAAGGGGUCAAAAUCAAAAGAAAGCAGCUUUGAAAAAGGCAAAGAAAAAGUUGAUAUUCAAGAAUAUCUAAGUCAAUGGCAAAAUGAGCUUUCAAAAAAAGAAGAAAAUAUUAAAGAUUUACCAAGAAUGAAUCAGUCACAAUUUAUUCAGUUUUCAAAGACUCUAUUUAACUUAUUUCAUGGGGACCCUGAAGAAGAGUCUUUAUAUCAAGCCGUUGCUGUUGUAACCAACCUUUUGCUCAGGAUGGAAGAAGUUGGAAGAAAGCUACAUAGCACUCUACCAGCAGCUGAAGGGUUCUGUGAGAAAGUUUGCACUUCUGGAGGAUCUGGUCAGAGUGAAACAAAAAAUUUAGAGAAAGAAUCUUCCUCUCUCAAGGAAGAACCUGAAUGGUCAUUUGCAUUUGAACAAAUUAUUGCUUCUUUGUUGAAUGAGCCCACACUGGUGAGAUUUUUUGAGAAGCCCAUUGAUGUAAAAGCCAAACUAGAAAAUGCAAAAAGCUCUCUGUUAAGCUUUAGAGUAAAAGUAUAAGUUUCUUAACAUGAAUUGCCUACCAUAUUUCUAAGAUACCUGAGAGUAGGGGUUCAAAGAUUUAUCUUGAAACAACAUAUUUGAAAGG